AGAUUUGUGUCCGGUGGGUUUGGGUGAUGUUUUUAGUAGCAGAGCAGAAUUCCUAGGACUGGGUAUUGGGGGCGGGGUAUGCAAAGUCCCAGGGAAAAGACCUAGAGAAAAGUCAUAUUUCAAAGACAAGAGGAGUGCCUUGGCUGGUUUGGCUCAGCAGUUGGAGCAUCGGCCUGUGAACCAGAGUCCUGCAUUCAGUUCCCACUAAGGGCACGUACCUCGUUUGCAGUUUAUCCCCAGCCCCCGGUUGGUGUUGGUUGGUGUUGGUUGGUGUUGUGUGGGUGGCAGCCAGUGGAUAUGUCUCUCUCACGUUGAUGUUUCUCUCUCUCCCUCUCUAUCUGAAGAUAAAUGCAAAAAUGUCCUCGGGUGAGGAUUAAAAAAAAAAAAAGAUGAGAGGGGUGUUUGUUUUGGGGAGGCCACCUAUGGCUGGUUGUUUAUACUUAUACUUUAUGUAAGAGACAUAACAUUAUCAGUUUCGGUUUUACAGGGAAAGUGAUUCGAAAAUAAACAACUAUAAGGGGUGGAGAGAAAAGAGACAAGGCCCAGACUUGCUGCUGGGUGGUGCCUGGGUGCCCCCUGCUGGAGAAGCUAAGACAUGCUCAUCUCAGAAGGUUGGGGACCCUGAGUUCCUGGCCAGAGUCCCAGCACAAUAGGGACUGGCUGUGUUGUAAGGGAAGACAGCAUGUGGUGCCAGAGACAGGCUAAUUCAUGGACCCUUGAGGGGCGGGAAUAGAUCUUUGGGUGACACACUGGAUAAAAGCCCAGGUAGUUCCCCUGUCUUGGCCACUGCUCUCACAUCAGGAACCAGACCUCGUGGGUGAGGACACGUCGUUCUUCUUGCCAAGUUAAUAACUUCCUUACCCAGCCCAGGUCCUGCCCCGGACAGGAAUAUAGCUCUGUACCAACAGCAGCUCCUGAUCAGACUUUGCCUGUCAAAACCAGCCUGCCGCUCAGGAUCGAGGAGCAUGGUCACAGGAAGGUGGGGUUGCAGGACACCCCUCAGGGACUUCCCCUCUCCCCAGAAUUCUAUAAUGAAGGCCCAUAUGCUUGUAGGUGUGCUGGUUGUGGUGGGCUUCGCACUGGGAAAAGCUCCUGUUCCUGAAGUCCGGACCUGUCACCUCUGCCUCUUUGAAGACCCUUCUAUAGGAUGCAUUUCAGGCUCGGAGAAGUGCACCAUCAGUAGCUCAUCUCCAUGCAUGGUGAUCACUAUCUAUUAUGAUACCAAGAUUCGCUUCUUCAUACGAGGCUGUGGACAGUACAAUUCUUACCGCUGCCAAGAAAAACGCAACACCUACUUCUCAGAAUACUGGUACCAGGCCCAGUGCUGCCAGUACGAUUACUGCAACUCCUGGUCUAGCCCUCAGCUCCAGAGCUCCCAGCCUACGGCCCCCGAUGGGGCUCUGGGCCUGCCCCUGCUCCAGUCCCAGAUCCAGUGGUUCUACCAGGCCCUGAACCUCUCCCUGCCCUUCCCCAGCUUUCAUGCUGGGAAGGAGCCUGAAGGCUUGGACCCCCUGGCUGCCCUGCCCUUGAACCUGGGCUUGUCCAUUGCUGACCUGCGCCACAUAUAUUUGUUCCUCAAUAAUUCAGGGCUUUUGGUUCUUCCCCGGGCUGGGCCCUGACCCCUUACCCUUCCCAGAUUGCAGUCUUCCAGCAGCUCUUCCCACACCCAGCACCCAGCACCACCCUCUCGUAACACCCACAUUCUCUGGUCUGUGCUUUGUCAGGCCUCUCCUUUGUACCUCGUGUCUAUGUGGCUUUGGUCUCAUUUCUUCCUCAGAAACCCAGUGUGCCCAGUGCUCUUAUCUUCCUAGAAAAUAAUUCCAAGUGCAGAUUCUGCCCCAGUUGACCUUGAAAAGGCGGUGGUUCCCUCAUCCCUUUCCGAUCUGAGUGUUCCAUCACCCCAUCCUCCCAGGCCCCUCUGGUCUGGUCAUCUGCUAACUCCACUUAGUUCCGGCUGUAUCUCCCACCCUGUGCCUGUCUCCAAGACCCAGUCCAGACUGGACUUGCAGCAAGGAAGAUGAAGGGUAGACUUCUGUGCAGAUUUUCUGACUUGGCAUCCUGGUAUCCCUGCCUCGCUGUCUCCACCACCCCACUCCCGCCCUGGUCUU